GUUUUUUUGAAAUUUGAACGACUGAAAAAAUACUUUGCGAUCUACUAAAAUAUUUCGUGACGCUUUGGAAAAGAAAAAUUAAAUUUUAGUGAAAUUAAUGUCAAAACACGGGAAAUUAAAGCAGGAUUUUAGAGAAAAGUGAUUAUAAAAGUAUUUUCUUCAAAGCGCUGCAGUUUGAUUAAAAGGUGAUAUGGAAAUACAACAUAAUUAUAUUUUUUGAGCGAGUAAUAUUAAAAAUAAUAACAAACAACAAACAAAUAAGUAAUAGAGAGAAAGGGAGAGAGAGAAAUUGAAGCUAUUUAUCGGAGAAAUUCAUUUACACACAUCCAUCUACAUUUUUAAGAUUUUAAAAGUAGCAAAAAUUGUCAUUAAAAAAAUCAUUAGGAAGCGUAAAAUACAGAAUAUGACAACACAAGACACAAGUACCAGACGAAGGGUUAAACUAUAUGCUCUAAAUGCUGACCGUCAAUGGGAUGAUCGCGGAACAGGACACGUUACUUCAAGCUAUGUGGAACGAUUAAAAGGAAUCUCAUUGCUUGUACGUGCAGAAAAUGAUGGAUCACUGUUAUUGGAGAGCAAAAUACAGCCCGACACGGCUUAUCAGAAGCAACAAGAUACGUUGAUUGUGUGGAGCGAGGGAGAUAAUUUCGACUUGGCACUAAGUUUUCAAGAGAAAGCAGGAUGUGAUGAAAUUUGGGAGAAAAUAUGUCAGGUGCAGGGAAAAGAUCCGUCAGUUGAUACGACACAGGAUAUAGUCGAGGAAUCUGAGGAUGAACGGUAUGAAGAUAUGCCAGAUUCUGCACCACCAAUUGAACUUCCUGCAUGUGAAAUUUCUCGUUUGGAAGAGAUCAGUGAAUUGAUUUCACAAUGUCUCAAUACACAAAUGAGAAAGGAGAAGUUAUCGAUUGCAUUAGAACAAGAGAGCUACAUAAAGAAGCUGCUGAAUUUAUUUCACAUUUGUGAGGAUUUAGAUAAUCAAGAAGGUCUACAUUAUCUGUUUGAAAUUUUCAAGAAUAUUUUCCUCCUUAAUCGCACACAAUUGUUUGAAAUUAUGUUUGCUGACGAUACCAUCUUUGAUGUUGUUGGCUGUUUGGAAUAUGAUCCGACUGGAGGACCGCCAAAACGUCACCGGAACUAUCUGAAACAAUAUUCCAAAUUUAGGGAGCCAAUUGAAAUUAAGAAUCAAGAACUAUUAGCUAAAAUUCAUCAGACAUAUCGUGUUCAAUACAUUCAAGAUAUUAUAUUACCGGCUCCGUCAGUAUUCGAGGAUGCGAUGCUGAACUCCCUGUCAAGUUUUAUAUUCUUCAAUAAAUGCGAAAUUGUGACUCUCAUUCAAGAAGAUGACAAAUAUUUGGAUGAUCUUUUUGCUCUGUUGAGCGAUCCAAAUACAGCAUUGGAUAAACGUCGUGAUUCGGUUCUGUUUCUAAAGGAAUUUUGUAGUUAUGCUCAAUUGUUACAGCCGCACGCUAAGGAAGCAUUUUAUAAAAGCUUAAUAAGUUUGGGUAUUUUGCCAGCAUUGGAGAUCAUUUUGAACAUUAACGAUCCAAAAAUCAAAUCCGCAUCAAUUGACAUCUUAACGACUAUCGUUGAAUAUUCACCAUCCUUAAUACGAGAUUAUACAUUGUCUCAAUACAACAACCAGGAACACGAAGAUCAAUGUUUGCUAAAUAUUGCCAUAGAACAAAUGCUCAACGAUUCAGAACCAGAACUCGGUGGCGCAGUUCAAUUAAUGGGAGUCAUCAGAAUACUUUUGGAUCCUGAGACGAUGCUGGCUAGUGCCAACAAGUCUGAGAAAACAGAUUUUCUUAAUUUCUUCUACAAAAAUUCCAUUCACAUUUUAAUUGAAAAAAUAUUUUCUCUUACAGCACCACUUCUUAAAAACACAGUCGACGAUAAACCCGCAAACGAAGAUUAUCACACAGUUCAAUUAUUGGGGCUAGUUCUGGAGCUUCUCUCAUUUUGUGUUGAGCAUCACAGCUAUCAUAUAAAGAAUUGUAUUAUUAGUAAAGAUUUACUAAGAAGAAUCCUCGUGCUUAUGAGAUCAACGCACACCUUUCUUGUUUUGUGCGCGUUACGUUUCCUAAGGAAAAUCAUUUCCAUGAAAGAUGACUUUUAUAAUCGAUACAUAAUGAAGGGGAAUUUGUUUGCACCAGUUGUGGAAGCGUUCAUCAGAAACAAUGGACGAUACAACUUACUUGAGUCGGCAAUACUGGAACUGUUUGAGUUUAUAAAACUUGAGGAUGUAAAGAUUUUAUGCACAUAUGUCGUAGAGAAUUUUGGUAAAAUCUUCGAUGAGAUCCAAUAUGUGCAGACAUUCAAGAAUCUUCGAAACAAAUAUGAUCAACAUCAAGAUAGACUUAAAGAUAAGGAUAAGGGUUUUGAUUCAAUGCUGUCAAAUUUGAGAAAUUCACGUUAUAGACGCGACCCAAGACAACCUCCCGAAGAAGAAGAAAUGUGGUUUAAUGAAGAAGAUGACUUUGAAGACGUACCCACCUCAGAUCUGGAAAAUAAUAUAAGUAAAAUAAUGGAUAAAAAAUCAGAGAACGUCAAUGGACCAACAAAAGCUAACCAACCAACCACACAACAGCAUACAAUUGUUAAUUCAAUUCAUAAUAACAAUAAUGUCAAUAAUAAUAAUCGAAAAUCAACCGAGACAGUUACAUCGUCGAAAGAUGAGAAAAAGGAAUGUUCACCGGAUGUGUUAUACGAAAUUUCAGAAAACACUGAAGAUGGAACUAACAGUAACAGAAAAACCAGCACGACAACGUCCUCAACAACCACUACAACUACGUCUGGAACGACUACGUUUCAGGACGUUCUUAAUGAUGACUCAGAAUCAUCAAUGGGUCCGGAUGAUGAUAAUAAGACGUACGUUAAUGAAUCACCAUCGAGUAGUGAUAAUGUAAUCGUUAAAGACACGACGAUGACUAGUAAAGAAUCCGAGCCGCUUAAAACUUUGGGUGUUAAGAAGUCACUCGUUGACUACGAAACAACGGAAGAUUCUGACGAUGAAGAUAAUGUAGAUAAUUCUCCUGCGCAAAAGAAAGCUCGAUUAGCAUAGUAUUUAAUUCAUGAUUAAUUAUUAAUGAAAAAAAUUUCUUACAUCCCUGAACAGACCACUAUUUGGCGCAAAAAUUCAGAAAUUUCAAGUAAUUUUGAUACUGUUUGAUACGUUAAGUUUAGAUUUUUUUUCUUCACAUUUAAGUGCAAAACUGAAAAACUUUUAAAUUGUUUAAAAUAGUUUAAAAAGAUGAGACAUCAUUUUAAAAGCAUAAAGUAAAGUAUUAAAUAUUGAAAGUCAAGAAUUUUAAAAGGAUAUGUAAAGAAAUUUGUUUUAAAAAUAGCGACUGCUAAUAUAAGGAAGUAUUAAUGGUCCUUAUUUUUAGAACAAAUUUAAAUUGGCCGUAAUGGAUUUGUUCAGAGGUGUUGGGUAAAGAAUGAACUGUAAAAUAAAAAAGUAAGAAAAUAGAUUCAUGAUGUAAUAAAUUUAAAAUAAAUCGGAAAAAGAACAAAUUAAUUGAAUUUUAAAUUUUCAAAUUGUCACAA